AUGCCUUUUAUCCCCACCCCUCUCGACGGCGGCGUGGUCUACACCAUCCACGCGGACCGGCGUGUCCUCGUCGCCGACUCGCCAGACAGCACCGCCUGGCUGCCGGGCGCUGACGAGGCAUGCAUGCGUGGCGGGGCAGAGCGCUCGUCCGGCUGGCUUCCCAUCGGCGUCAGGCCGGGCGCACCGCCGAAUGCACGGCGGUGCAGCUUCGACGCAGCAACGGCAGAGGCGACUCGAGCGUUUUGCGGCGCAGCACGCUGCGAGCACCGGCCGGCGCAUCGGCGCAAGGCGUAUGUGACUUCUCUCUCGCGCGAGCUAGCGCCCGACUCGUUCCACGCGGACUCGGAGGCGCUCGGGCCGCUCGCGGGCCGCCUGCUCGGGCUGCUGCGGCUGCUGCACCUGGCGGGGCUGGCGUCCUCGCGGCGCGAGCUCCUCACGGUGCUCGCCUACCCGCACGAGGCGUGGCCGGAGGCGUGGGGAGGGCACACCGAGUUUGCGGCGAGCGUGGACGGGGAGGAGGUGGCCGGAGGCGUGGACGCCGACGGCGAGGCGCGGCGUGCGGCGCUGCGGCUGGUCCCGUCGCCUGGGUCUCUCUAG